ACCACCAGCAGUUCUCUGUUUCUACGGAAGUGAAUUUUUCCCCUGGACCAAAGAGUCAUCGUCUAGUCUAGCACUAGAGACUUAGUCACCUACACUAGUCUCAAAAAACUAAUCUGCUGGUCUCUUAAUCUUUAUUUAGACCUCUAUUGGCUAUAAAAGUAUAAAUAGACUAGGUAACACUGACACACUGACUAUAUAUACUAAUAUAGUAUAUUUCCCUGUGCCUGUACUGAGUAAUUACUCACUGAGUAAGUUAAAAACUAAAAACAAAGGUACCUACAAUGUCUAGAGAAGGCUCUACUUGCCAGAAUAUGGCAAAAGGAAUGUUGAUGUUUACUGGUUUAUGUUAUUUGAUUUCUGCUGGCGGCCUGACGUAUAUUGGCAUCUGGGUUUUCAGCACAUAUGACCAUUUUGAUGAGAUAGCGGAUGCUUCACUUACUCUUCUUCCAGCAAGCAUCAUUUUAGGCAUCAGUGUCUUUAUGUGUGUUAUUGGAAUACUGGCUUGUAUUGCUGCUUUUAAGAACAAUAAGAUCUUACUUUCUGUGUUUUUUUGCUUGAUAUUGAUUGUGUUUGUUGGAGAAAUACUGGCAGCUACCUUGGGCUAUGUCUAUAGAAAGAAAGUUGAGAGUGUCUUGGAAGAUGACCUUCUGGAUGCAGUCAACAAUUAUAAUGUGACUGUGUAUAGAGAACAAAUAGAUUAUAUGCAGCAUGAGUUUGAGUGCUGUGGAGUGCGUAAUGCUUCUGAUUGGGAAGCAUCUACAUUUUGGAAAAUCAACCAUACCAAUACUGUUCCUACCUCCUGCUGUAAACUAUUGCAUGGUAACUUGACUUGCAAUCCAACUUUGGGAUCAGAUACAAUUUUUAACCAGGGUUGUCUAACUGAAUUGAACAGUGAGUUUAAUAACAACUUGGUUUAUAUUGCCACCACUGCCGUGUUUCUUGCCGUUAUACAAUUUUUAGCCCUGAUCAGUGCUUGCAUUUUGGUGUGCAGAACAAGGGAUGAACAAGAAUACCAAACACUGACUGAAGUUAUUGGUGGUGGCCUCAGGGUUUAGUGAGAUACCAGUGUGAUGUACUUUUAAAACAUUCUUCUUUGUCCAUGGUCUUGUGUUACUGUAAUGUAAUGUCAUUGGUCUUCUGUCACUAUCCUGUAAUUUGUUUGUCAUGUAAGCACUAUAAAAUUGUUUUUUACUUAACAUAAAUGAGGAUGUCACAGAAAUUAAGGGAAUGGUAAUAAAUGAAAUUAAAAUCUUUUUCAAUUUUUCCAACAUUUUUUUUUUACAUCAUUUUUAGAUAAACAUUUUAAAAAUAUAAAUAUAGAGUUGUUUUUUUUAAAUGAUUAUACAAACAUUUUAUACAGAAAAAUUUGUGAUGUUUUUUUUUUUUUUUUUUUUUCAAUAUUAAAAGUCUUAGUGACAAAUAUUUUGCUUUAAAAUUGUUCUUUCUGCUUUAGGUUGUUAUUUUGUUUUAUUGAAAGGUUGAAAUGUAUGUAUAUAUAUAUAUACGACAGAUGAAGUGUUACAAUUUUUAAUUUAAAGAUUAUAUGUUUGCAAAUAAUAAUACAUAUUAAUACAUAUGCAUUAUAUAAAUUAGUAACUAGUUUAAUAUUGAAAUAAAAUAAAUUGUAGUAUUCGAUACUGUUUUUUUAUCACUUUGGCUCUUAUCAUUACAUUUUUUUUUAACUAAAUGAAUAAUCAGAUUAAUGCUUUCUUUUCAAGCAAGUGUUGCUCUUUAAAUUAGCAAAGGAAAGGCUAUACACAAAAGUAAAACACAAAUAUUCUUUCUUAAAUGUCUGUAAUCUUUAUUGUGUAUAGUUAUAAACUGUAAUGAUUAUUAUGUAUAGUUAUAAACACUGAUUGCAACUCAUCCAGCAAUUUUUAUCAGUUAAUAAAAUAUAUUUUCUCCCCAAUUAAAAAAAAAAAGGUUUAUAAAUUUCUUACAUAAAUUUGUUUGUGCUGAAAGUAGGAUGUGUCCUAGUCGUAUACAACUGUUCAUUGUACUCUAUUUUUCUCCACAUUUGUUACAAUGAUAUUUUGAAGUUUUGUGUUUUAAAAUUACACAUACAAUUGUUUUUUUAAUUCUUUUGGAAUCAUGCAGAGUUUUCUUUCUUUGACAUUAAAAUCAGUAGAAUAGAAGAAAAAAGUUUGUAAUUUUGUACAAUUCUUGUCAUAUUACUAAUUUAUUCUGAUGAUAUUAACAUAAUGUAUUCAUGUUAUGUUUGAUGUUUGAAAUGCAAUUGUUCAGCAAGAAAUUUUAUAAUUUGAGAACAGGAUCCUUAUUGUGCUUUGUCUGACAGACAUUUCAUUGAGAUUAAUACAAAUGUUUUUUUAGUUUGGAAAACAUUUAGAACUGAAAUCAGUUUUGGUCACUUUGUUCUAUUCACUUUUUUUUUUUAUUGUACUACUUUGUCUGUACAUUUAUUUAGUUGCAAUAUAUGUGAAUUCUAAUUAUUACUUGUUUUGUUCUAGUGUUGAAAUAUUUGAAUGCAUUGUCUCACUGUCUAGCACAUAGGGAUUGAAAAAACAUAUGAAAUCCUUUACUUGGAUUUGGGAAUAAAUUGUAUCAGUAUAUAUAUAUAUAUAUCACUGACUGACACAAUUCAUAUAUAUAUAUAUAUAUAUAUAUGGAUUUCUAUGCAUAUUUUUUGCAUCUACAUUUAUGGAAAUACUGUGUACAUAUUGAGUAGCUAUUAAUGUUAAGAAUUGUAUUUAGAGUAAAUUUACUAAAUUUUGUUCUGUAAGAAAUGUUCCAUUCACUGAUCUAUUGAUGGAACAGUUUUUAAAAGUUUCACUUCAUAGAAUAGUCAUCUCACAGUACCCCAAACUGAACAUUAUACACCUUUUCAAAUUAGUAAUGAGCAAGGCUAACAAAUACUCCUGUGAUUAGUUGUUAAGGGUAGCUUUAAGUGGACAAUUCAAUUAUGAUUGUUGCUGGUUAUAGGACAAUGUAAAAAAAAGUAAAAGUAAAGUUCCCCUUUCAGACCUUGUAGUCUAUAGGGCAGAUGAUGUAAAGGUCAUCUAUUUCGUGGCCUACAGUUAAUAAGGGUGUCAUGUGGCCAGCACAACGACCAACCCCCUUUACUUUUCCCAAACUAAUGUCAGGUACCUAUUAGAGCUGGGUGUACUCAGAGGUGCCCGAAGAUCCCGAAAUUAAAAAUUCUAGUCUUCACCAAGAUUCGAACCCCAGUUCAAAAGCCAAGUGCUUUACCACUCAGCCACCACGCCUCCUAUAGGACAACGUACUAACUACAAUUUUUUUUUUAAAUAUCUUUCUGAAUACAUUUUCAACCUUAUCUCAGUGAAAUCAGAUCACAGGAUGUUCAUUCCAGGGAGUUAAUUCUCCAUCCUUUAUCUUGUAAUAGAUUUUAAUAAUAGGAAAUGGUAAAUUCACUGUAGACUGUUUUACUUCUGGCUUGUGUUAGGCAGAUUUGCACUGUUUGGUGUGGCCUUGCUCUUUUUUUGGAGCUUAGGGCAUUAACAUGUUUAGAAGCAUUUUUAGAAGCAUAUCUUUGACUUUAAAGUUAUAUGCUAAUUUAUAAGUCUAAGUUUUAGAUGAUGUGUUAGACAUAGUCAUAAGUCUAAGUCAUAGAUGAUGUGUUUGACAUACAUAAGUCUAAGUGAAGGGCAGAGUACUUAAGUUGUGAGCUGUUGUUUUGUUUGUGUAAGUUACCAAAAAGCUUAUAAGAAAAAAAUUGUAAGUGAACAUUGAAUUUUGUCUUUCUGGCGUAAUAGCAUUGAUGAAGCAAUUCAUUUGUUUCUGUUACAUUUAUUUAAAAAAAUAGCAAGGGAUGUUUAUAUGACAAGUUCGACAUUGUGUGAUUUUUGUUAGAGGUCAUAAUGUGUAAACAUUGAUACGGUUUAAUAAAUUGUGUUCUGCUGUGUAAAGACUUUGGAAUUACACUGAGAAUAGUUCAGUGACAAAUAUUGACUAAUGAACAUAACUUUUAAUAAUUAAUGUGAGAGUUUAAAAAAUUUUUGUGACAAAAUUGCAUCAUUUCAAACCUAAUUGCAAUUACUGACGAUUAGGAUGAAUAGGGCAUAAAAACAAAACAUUGAGCAUAUAGAGGUCAGUAUGUUGACUCUAUCUAGCUACAUUAACAAGUAUUUCAUAGUUUUCUAGCAAAUAAUUGUUUCCUUUUUAGUGAUGGUGAUUUUUUUUUACUAUUGUGUUGGAAUUGUAUUGCACACUUAUGAAUUGAACAAGCACUUCCCUGGUAAAAGCACAGAAACUUGUUGUUUUUUUCUCAAUUUUACUAAAAAGGAAGUUUAGUUGAUACUUUAGGGUUGAAUAUAUUUAUUUUUUAAUGAAACAAAAGGUACUUUAAUGACAUUCAGAAAUAAAGUUUUUGAUUUUGUUAGACCAUUUAUUUCUCCUUGUAAUAUUACUUUGUGUCUGUCACUUGACAGUGAGUCAAUAAAGUGUUACUAGACUUGAA